AUUAAAAUCAAAUAAAGGAAUAAGGAAAAAAAAAAGAUUAUAUAAAUUUUUUUUUUUAAUAAACGAAUAGAUAAACAAAAGAUUAAUAAUAAUAAUAUUAAGAUAAAUAAUAAUAAUAAAUAUAAAAAAAAAAUAAAAUAAUAGAUAUUUAUAAUAAAAAAAUUCACAUAGAUAUUUAAUCAUAUAAUAAUAUUAAAAAUGAAAUUAAUAUUUUUUUUAUUUUUUUUAUUAUUAAAAAUAAUAAAUUCAACAUUAGUUUAUCCGAAUCCCGCAGAUUUAGUGCCAAUUGAAUUAAAACCAAUCAUUUCAAUUGGUAACUUUUGUCCUUAUAAAAAUUAUGGAGUUCAAGUCACAAUCAAUAAAAUCAAUUAUCUGUUAGUUUUAGAUUCACAAAAUUCUGUUACAACUGUAUUUUCAAGAGAAUGUAAAUAUGGAUGUUUACGUUUACCAAGAAUGUAUUUGCCAACUAAAAGAACCAUAUUUGAUAAGGUAACCUCGAAAGGAUUUUUUAAAGAUUCAACUGCAUGGGAGGGUAAUAUAGUGGGUGAAAAAAUAACAUUAAAUCAUAAUUUUACUACUAAAACAGAAAUUAAAUUGGUUGCAGUUUCAUCACAAUCAAGACCACCACAAAAUGCAAUUUGUCAAGCAUCAUCAAUUUUAGCAAAUGGUGUUUUAGGUAUUGGUCAAUCAAAAGAAAUUAAUUCAUUCGUUAGACAGUUUACAACAAUGAACAAUGUACCACCAGUAUUUUCAUUAACAAUGUGCCCAGAGAACCCCAGAAUUUGGUUUGGAGGGUAUGAUCCAUCAGUAUUAGAUAACCCAAAAAAAUUUGCAUUUACAAAAUCAGAAACAGAUUCAUAUAGUUUUACAAUUUCAAACGUAUAUAUUGGCGGUAAUACAUUAUAUCAAGUAUCAGAUUUCGUAUGGAAAACUGAAUUGGACACAAGUACACCAUUCAUACAUUUACCAUCAUCUGUAUUCCAUCAAGCAAUUCAAGUGUUAAGUAGAGAGAGAAGUUUCAGUAAAUAUUUUAGUGCUAGAUUCUUUACUGAAAGAAAGUGUGUUUUGAAUCCACUUACAAAUUUUACUGUCGAGCAAAUCAAUGAACUGCUCCCAACUUUUAGAGUGGUCUUUAAAUCAAAUUUACCAAAUAGUGAAAUUACUCUUAAUGCUGUGCCAUCUUAUUUAGUUAUCCAGGGGGAUAAAGCUUGUCCAGGUAUUGUAGAAUCUUUAGAUUACAACUCAAGAUUCGGUGUAUCUUUAUUUAUGCAAUAUAUGGUCUUAUUCGAUCAAGUAGAGGGCCGUGUUGGUAUUGGUAAAGCAAAUUGCAAACCUAAUCGUUGGGUUGUUGGUAGUGAUUGGGAUGAAUGUAAAAAGAGUGAGGACGAUUCCGAUUGUGAAAUGCAAACUAGAUCUCUUAAAUGUAUCAGUCCAAAGAAUAAACGUCUAAAUGAAACAUUAUGCAAAAAUGAAUUAAAACCAAUAUAUCAAAGACCAUGUUAUAGAUCAGAGGACGAUAGUAGUGCUGUUGAUGGUGAUUCUGCCGAGUCAAUGGAGGAAACCAUUGCACCAAAACAUACCAAUACAAGUAGAACUAGAAUGAGAAAAACACCUGCACCAGUCGUUAAAACCAAAAGACCAACAACAGGUUGUGUAAUCGAGCCCGGUAAAUGGAAAAUUGAAGGUACAUGGUCAGAUUGUGACCAAAUUUGUGGUACAGGUGCCCAAAGACGUAAGGUUAUUUGUGUUUCUAAAGAUGGUGAACUACUAGAAGAUAUUAAAUGCGACGCUAAAAGUAAGCCACCAUUCGAAAGAGUUUGUGGUGUUGGUAAAUGCUUAGCAGAGUAUCACUGGGAUACAUCAGAUUGGUCAGGUUGCUCAACUCAGUGCGGUGAAGGUUAUCAAACUAGAUUUUCAACAUGUAUCGAUUCAUCAGUUUGGAGAAAUGUAGAUAAUUUAAAUUGUAAAGGUCCAGAACCCGUUCUCAAAAGAGAGUGUCUGGGUCAACCUCUUUGUAGCAAAUAUCGUUGGGAUUGGGAACCUUGCGAACCAAAUUGCCCGGAAAUGGCAUAUGUAUAUUGUUAUAAUGCUACUUCUAAAGUCGAUAACUCUUUUUGUAAACAAAUUCCAAAUAUUUUCAUCCCCGUAGAUUGUAAAUGUUAUCGUACUCGUAAGAGUUUAGGUGCUGCUGAUUCCACCCUUGGCUCAGAAAGUUCAAAUACAAUAGGUUCUUUAAUUAAUUUUAAAAGUUUCUUAUUAAAAUUAUUAAUUUUAUUAAUUUUAACUUUUAUUUAUUUAAUUUAAAAAUAUCUUUUAUCUUAAUAGUUUUUUAAAUUAUAAAAUUCAAUAAAUAUUUAAUUUAUUUUAAAAAGAAAUAAAAAAAAUAAAAAAUAAAAAAUAAAAAUCUUCUCCAUACCAACAUCGAUCUUUAACUAAC